CUCAGCAAACACCGCCUUGGGCGAAAGGAAGAUCUUGAAUGUUGCCCACAACGAGCUAGUGUCAUGGUGAGCUGCUUGUCGUUGGAAUGGUGAUUGCGGGAUUUUGCCUUCAUCGGACUGAAGGGCGGGUAUUGGUGGCGGUAUGACACGACUGCGGCAGCUGCGAGCACGAACGGAGCGAGACAGUGCCAUGGAAAGCCCAUUCCCCGACCACUGCAUGAUCUGGGAGCGUAUGUUCGGUUUGUAGCCCGGAGGCGAUGUUGCAAAACGCGUAGAGUCGGCGGCAUGCAUCCUCCUGUGAUCAAAGAACGCCAUCAGGACGACGAACGGUGACGAGACCAUACAAACGAGGCUGAUGCGUGCUUCAAAGAGGGGUUGCGGGAGCGUCGUUUGAAGUGCGCCCGUGCAUAUCUCACGGCAACGGGCAGUGCAAACGCCGCGUAUGAGGGCGGUAAUAGUGCAAUUUCUGCAUCGACGCGUGUUCGAAGUGUAUCCAAAGACCGUGGUGAAUGGUGCGGUCUGAUCGACGGGACGUUGAUGCAGCGCAUGCAUAUGCGUGUGAGCGUUUGCAUGCCUCCGACCAGAAACGUCGCGAAGACGCAGUUGCAGCUCGAACGGGUCCACAAUGGUUCUCUGCCAAACAUUCUUCAAAGGCGGCGAAGAGCAGUUCUCUUGUUGGCGAAAGUCAUAAUCCCACUCACCUCCCACCAGGAAGGGAAGCUUUCACUUUUUUCUCUCAAUUCGUCUCUACCCGACGCCCCGACCCAACGCCAGCUUCAGAAGCUUUCACGACAUGGCAGCAUCCAAGAGAGUCGAGCAGCUUGGAGGCCGUGGGAAUCAACUCUCGAUCGACACCAGCCAAGCUGGACCAGGUAGCCCAACAGCUGGUGACAACAGCCCAGGUGGUCCCACGACACCAGGCUCACCACUGACCCCUAGGCUGCAAGGCCUGACGGGUUCCACGAAGCUGAGCGUGAAUUGGCUGUCUCAGAAGCACCCAGAGCUUCUGUCCGCUUGGCAGACCGAAAUCUCAAACAACAUUGGUGUGCUCGCCGACCGCCUUGACCAAGUGGUUGAGGUCCUCGUCGUCGUUGCCAGCUCGAAUGCCCCUCGCCGCCUUUCGAAGCUCGGAACACUCGGCGACGACGAUCAAGCUCUCUACGAUGAACUGGAGGAGAAGUUCGAAGCAUUCAUCGCCUCAGUCUUGAAGACACUUGGAGAGAAUGAGAAGGACAAGCUGACUGAUCGUGGUGGCCAAAAGGGCACCAAGCAAGCCAAGGCGUUCAAGGAGCUGUUCGUGAAGCAGGCCAAGAGAAAUGCGAGUGCCAUGAACGAUGAUGGUGUCGACUACGCUCGAGCUGCGGAACUGAUGGCGAAGAUCUCCGAAGAGGGCUUGCCAAUCAUGUUUGGCAAGGCAGUGGGCCAGCACAUAGGCGCGUCCACUCCUGCCCCCAAGUCAGCCGGUGGCACUGACAAGGGCACUAUCGAGCUGCUCGAGAAGGAGUAUCUGGACAUACUCCGUCCACAAUUCGAGGCGUAUGCCCAGUCCAUUGGCCCCAUUGUGCCGUCCGUCCGCCGCGGCGGCCCAGCCAAGGAGCAGGCCCAGGUAUACAAGACUCAGGUCAUCGACGGCGCAGCUGGCAAGGACGAUGAGCCAGUAGUGUUGUUGCUCAACACGCUCAGCGAAGCCGGUCUAGAGAGCCUUUACGUCUCGCUGUCCAAGAAGCACAAGAAUGACUGGACGGUCGUCGAGGAGACUGGCAACAAGCGCAAGCGCGUCAAGCCGACUGUGGACGACGACGAGGAAGGCGACGAAGCGGAGGGCGCGGAGGUCGAGACGGAGGAUACUCCUGCUGACCGUCCAAAGCGGCAGCCUCGCAAGAAGAGCAAGACCACCACCACUGUUGCUGCUUCUGCUGCUAACGCUGCCAACGACGACUUCGAGUAAGCCUGGGCUUGACGGCUGCUACACUGUCGAUUUGCCGCAGUGCUGAUCACCACGACUGAUUUGUCGAAUGCCUCCACCUCUUGUACGCCCCACGACGGUGACGGGCGAGGUGGAGAUGGAAUUGGGCGCCCAUCUGCGGCGCGAAGAUUACCAUAGCUCUUUGAAUGAGACUGACUACUGUCACCGUACCAAGAAAAGAAAAACCGUUGUCACAUCGUCUGCGUUGUCGCCUCUUUCACUUCGCCAUCUGCUGCUGCGCGAGACUUUUCGGUGUGUGGUUGGAGCUGUUUUGCCAUGGAGCCAUUUGGCCAUUGCAUAGAGCAAUGAGCGUGCAAGCGAUCUUUUUCUUUCACUCUCCCUGCUGUCCGGUGCCACCCCUUCGCAUGCCCACAUCUCAGCAACAAGAGUCCAUUGGCUGUGUCAAGUCGCACCAUAGAAGGUCAUCUUGGCCGGCGGCAUCGCUAGAGGUUGGAGUCUGAGAUUGCCCGUGUGAUGGGCCGGCACUUGAUUCGUCAUUUCCAGUAUACGUGCGGCUGUGAAGGUUCCGAUAUCGAGAUCUGGCUGCAGGCAGUGUUGGUGAGAAUUAAAAUGCUCCUCGAGAACCGUGGUGGUGUGGAGAGCUCUUCCUCUUUGAAUUCCGGGCGGCAACUGCCGUUGCGACCAGCUCCACUUUCCCUCUCCUCCGCUUCGCUCCGCUGGAGGAACAACACCAUUCGACCACCUCCACAGCUCCGUCUCUCAUUGUAAUUAUCACACUGCGACAACACAGAAAACAUACUAGACACGUGCAGCUCACAUGCAUGACGAUAUGCGCUGCAUUACGGCCAGCGGCAAAUCGGCGAGUUCGUCUCUGUAAUG